AAGGUCGGGCAGCUGAGCUUCACAGCGCUCAAAUACCAACUACUGGGGCACGCCUAUUUUGUAGGUCACAUCGGAAUUCAACAGCUGCCCCGCCAGAUCGCCUUGAGCCUCCCAUCCAUCUUCCUUCACGAUCUUACCAGCCACGACAUCCAACUCUGCCUUGGCCAGCGCAUUCAAUCACCGCUCCCCGCUCCCGAAAGAUACACUCGACAGGUUCCCACAUUGCACAGCGCACUGCCGCGCGGGCGUGACCCCUCGCCCACCAUGAGUCAGGAGGCCGAGAGCGGGAGCAAGCGCGCCGCCGAGUUCAACGAGGCCAUGCUCAGCGUGCCAGGCUACGCGGACGACUCCAUGUUCUUCUUGGUCCGCUACGGCGAUCGAGCCAAGCACACGCUCCGCAGCUGCGACUGGGACGACCUGCAGAGCACCAUCAACCAGAUAUCAGAGCUGUGGAUCAAGGCAGGCGGUGGUGGCGCCGGCGGCGAGCAAGCACCGGACACGACUGGCAUGUCGUUGGAAGAGCGUCUCGCCAAGGCUCAGGAGCUGCGGGAGCACGCUCUGUCAAUUGUCGAGCCGUUCCCAGACCUGGCGCGCGACUUUGACCGGUUUCAGGCGGCGUGCCGGUCGGCUUGGGCCGCGAUGAAUCCUCCACGCGAGAAGAAGUGAACAACACGCCGUCUAUAGAGUACGUAUAUGCCCAAUGCGGAAUGCUAUCGGAGUCGGGGCAAAGCCAGGAGCCAUGGUGCAAAAAUCACUUCAAUGGAUGACAACUCGGUGUGAGGGUCCAAGUAAGAACUACCGGUACUGAGUGAAUUGGAUGCAUUAUUUGUCUAUUACGUUAAGAUGCCCAUCGCGGGCGCUGGAUACCGUAU